AUGACCGUGUGUACUAAACGACUGGUAACCUUUUCGGAGGCUCUCACUGAAAAUGCUACGAGUAAAGUUGUAGAUGCAGAUCGUUUUGCUGAUGCAGAAAGUCUACCGCCACUAGACAGUGAAAACAACUACGAAUUAACUGGCUGGGAGGAAACAGGCGGCAAAACUGUCUUGAAGUUUAGAAGAAAAUUUGACACCUGUGAUACUAAAGACAGAAAGAUUGAGCAAGGAACCACAAAAGUCGUGUUUGCUUAUCACACAGAAGACCCAAACUCUGAGGAUGACAUCAAGCGACAUACCUUUCGGGGUUCGAGGAGUAUACUUCUCCUGAACAACUUGGACAAAAAAACUGUGAAUGAGAAAGGAUGGAAGCAAUUUGACGUUUUCAGUUAUAAUGUUACAAUCCCCAAAAAGCUUACAACAUACUGGUGUUCUCUUGUCAAGGCCCCGGAAAUUAAAGGAAAACACCACAUAACAAAGUUCGAGCCAAUAAUAAAAAAAGGAAACGAAGGCAUCGUACAUCAUCUUGUAGUCUACGGAUGUUCAGGGAAUUUCAACGACAGCCAUUAUGGUUCUGGCUAUGAUUGCCAGGAUCCAAACAUGCCAAUAAGACAGUGUUACGGCUCUACAGAUAUUGUGGCAGCAUGGGGAGUUGGGGGCGAGGCAUUUUACUAUCCACCGCACACUGGUUACCCGAUUGGAACAGAAGAUUCACCAAGUAGUUACUUUCUCGAACUACACUAUGACAAUCCAGAGAACAUUGAAGGACGCAAAGACAACUCGGGAGUUCGUUUUCACUACACUCCUCACCUCCGUGAGUACGAUGCUGGUACAAUGACUGUUGGAGAAGCAGUCACCUCAUAUAUGAUAAUUCCGCCAAAACAAGAAUCCUGGUUAACUAAAGGAUAUUGUCCCAAAGAGUGUUAUCAGAAAACGUUGGAAUCGACGUCACUACCGGAAAAAGGAAUUAAGUUGUUUGCUUCUUUCCUUCACACUCAUCUACAGGGGCGUGCAACAUGGACGAAACAUGUCCGCAACGGAGUUGAAUUACCUGAAAUUGUACGAGAUGACAAUUAUGAUUUUAACUUUCAGGACAUACAAAUUUUAAGGAAGGAGGUUCACGUAAAACCGGGAGACGAUUUGAUUCACUACUGUAAAUAUGAGACUGUGGACCGUGAUAAGCUCGUAAUGGGUGGGAUAUCAACCUCUCAAGAGAUGUGCCUAAACUUCUUGUUUUAUUAUCCAAAAGUGAAGAACGUCUCGUUGGACUGCGUCAGUAUUCAAAAAAACCCAGUACAAGACUUCAUCCGAAGUAACAUUCCAUCCCUGAACGUGUCGUCUGAGUGGUCUAAUCCUCUUGUUGGUGCGAACGUUACUUGGACGAGAGAAAUGGCAAUGGACUUGCAGAGGAGAUACGAUGAGGCUGAAACAUUUCUUGUACCUUGUCUUUGGGGAAAAAUACCCCAAAACAGGUUGCCAGUGCCGAAGAUAACCCGCUCUCUGCCACCAAAAGAGUCAAAGUGUGACAAGCAAGUUGCUGCUUCUGCCACGGUGAAUGCCUCUCGUGUCGUUUUUCUCUUUUUGCUGAUGGUGUAUUUGAUGUUUCUGUAAAAUUUGAUAAGCAUUUUUUGACGCAUCAUAAAAGAAACUGUUUUAUAGACAAGAUGAAGAAAUAAAAAAACAGUUUGUUAGUUCUGGUGA